UAUAGGUGCAGCUUACACCGGCACUUUAUCUUUUGUGGCGGACCUGGACCGUCAACAUGUUGCGAGCAGUAUUAGCGGUGUGGUGUGCACUGGGCACAUAUAUGGCCCAUGGCGCGGCCACAACUGUAAAUCCAAGUUGUGGAACCGUCCCAGCAGAUAUCGUGUUUUUACUUGAUGCCUCCGGAAGUGUAGGAUCUUCAAAUUUCCAGAAACAAAAAGAUUUUGUGGCUAGAUUUGCAAAUUCGUUUGAUAUCGGGCCACAAAACGUGCAGAUUGGUAUAACAACCUUCUCUACGAGUACUCACAACCAGUUCAACUUGAAUAAGUAUUCAAGCAAGGCACCAUUGGUAAGCGCCAUCAACGUCAUACCGUAUCAGUCGGGAAGCACAAUGACUAGCCAAGCUUUGACGUAUGUCACCCAGAACAGUUUUACACAUGCAGCCGGAGACAGGGACCACGUGGCCAAUAUUCUGAUCGUGAUGACGGAUGGUCAGUCCAACAACAAGCCCGAAACGAUUAAUGCCGCCAAUAAACUUCACGCCACAAACGUCAAGACGUUCGCCAUUGGGAUCGGGAGUGGGAUUGAUCAUGGGGAGCUAAAUCACAUCGCCUCCGACAGCAGCCAUGUUUUUACCGUAUCAAACUUCGACGCCCUCACCACCCUGCAGGCCGAACUCAAGAAGACGGCAUGUGAGAUUGAUGGCGGUUGGACAAAAUGGGGUUUCUGGAGUCCCUGUUCCAAGACUUGCGCAGGGGGCACCCACUACCAAGAGAGAACGUGUUCUGACCCACCCCCGGCAAAUGGCGGGAAAGACUGUACAGGGCCACAACGUCAGACGGGCACGUGUAACACACAGCCGUGCCCGACCACGCCCCCUCCCACUACAACCACUACAGCGAGGACCACGCCCAUCCCAACAACACCCUCACCAGGAUGUGGCGUUGUGCCAGCGGACAUAGUCUUCAUUCUGGACUCGUCAGGGAGUGUCGGGUCGGCCAACUACCAGAAGAUGUUAAAAUUCGUUGAGAACAUAGUCCAGGGGUUUACCAUUGGUCCAAAUGAAACAGAGGUCUCUGUCGUGACCUUUAGCGACAAGCCUAACCUUGAGUUUCAUUUGAACAAAUAUCACGACAAGCAGUCAAUAGUAAACGCUAUAUCUCACGUCACAUACGUGGCUGGAGGGACGAAUACGGCCGACGCGCUAAAAUAUGCCAGGGAGACCAGUUUUACUAAUGCAAAUGGCAAGCGACCUAACGCUGCCCAAAUAGCUAUCGUUAUUACGGACGGUAUGUCUAACAGUGCAGGAGCGACGGCCGCCGAGGCUGCACGACUCAAGGCCAACGGUAUCACUGUGUUCUCCGUUGGCGUCGGCUCGGGACCCAAGACGUCCGAGCUAAAUGCCAUGGCAACGGAUCCGGACAACCAGCACGUGUUUGUCGUCACCAAUUUCGAUGCUUUGAAACAGAUUAAAGGGACACUUGCUCAAAAGGCCUGCGAAGUGAAGGCGACGUCAACUCCUGCAACACAACCUCAACUAGACUGUGGUGCUCAGGCAGAUAUAGUUUUCUUACUGGAUUCGUCCGGAAGUGUUGGCAGAAGCAAUUUCAACAAAAUGCUGGAUUUCGUUACAAACGUGUCAAAUAGCUUCAAGAUUGGUCCACACGAUGUCCAGAUAGGUGUCGAUACCUUCCAGACCUCCCAUAAGACUGAGUUCACACUUGGCCAGCAUUCGCAAAAGGCUGACCUCAUUGCCUCUAUCAACAAAAUUCCUUACCAUAGCGGGUCAACGCAUACAGGCGAGGCAAUUCAAUAUCUCCAUAACACCAGCUUCACGACAGCUGCAGGUCACAGACCAAACGUCCCAAAGAUCGCUAUUGUGGUGACUGAUGGAAACUCGAACAACGCACGACUGGCCGCAGCACAAGCUGACCUGGCUCGAAAGGACGGAAUUAAGAUGUUGGCCAUUGGCGUCGGUCAUGGCAUCAACGACGCGGAACUGAAGGCCAUCGCCAGUGACCCAGAUAGUCAGUACGUAUUCAGGGCCGACAACUUCGACGCUCUGGGCAGCAUGAAGGGAUCGCUCUCUAGCAAGGCUUGUGAAGCCUCCCGACCACUGAACAACACUGCCACAAAUUGCCAUGCCGGUUCUAAAGCGGACAUUAUCUUCAAUCUUGACUCAUCCGGAAGUGUAGGAAAAGCCAACUUUGAUCAGAUGCUCGAGUUUGUCAAGGGUAUGAUAAAGAACUUCGACGUCGGAUCUGACAAAAUCCGGAUUGGUUUAGCGACUUUCAGCUCCAGGCCAUACAUAAUGUUUAACCUCGACAAAUAUGCAGACAAGGCGGCUUUGAUGACCGCCCUUGACCACAUCCCUUACAAGUCUGGCGGAACAAACACAGGCGAUGCUCUGAAGGAGGUUUACAGUAAGAUGUUUACGGCGGCCAACGGCGACCGUCCCGGUGUCCCGAACAUCGAAAUCGUCAUUACAGAUGGACGCUCAAACAACCAUCCAGCAACCGUCAGUGAAGCUACUACAUCUAAGAACCGUGGAAUAAAUGUCUUUUCUGUAGGUGUAGGACGAGGAAUUAGUAUAUCUGAGCUCAAUGACAUCGCCAGUGACCCGGAUAGCACGCAUGUAAUGACAGUUGACGACUUCAGCAAACUUCAGCAAAUCCAAGGAGCAUUUGCGUCCCAGACGUGCCAAGUUAUACCAGCAUCCCCGCAAACGAAUGUGCCUACCGCAGUACCACAACCACUAUUUGACCCGUGCGAAGACCGUCUUGGGAACUGCGCCACGUACCAACAGGGUUCUUGUACAGGCGUCUACGAACAGUGGGCAAGGACACAGUGCGCACGAACAUGUCAUUAUUGUACCACCGCCAUACCGACGACUCCUCCAGAGUGUGUGGACAAGCUGCCUAAUUGUAGGGAUUAUGACGCUCAAGUGUGCAAUUCCUUCGGACCAUGGGCUCAUGACAAUUGCAGGCAGUUCUGUGGAUUCUGUCAAUUUAAUGCAAAGGGAGUGAACGGAUAUUACGGGAAGUGCUACUAUAACGGGAAGUCGUACACACAGGGACAGACCUGGUCCGAUGGUUGCGCCUAUGACUGUAGGUGUGACGAUGCAUCUAAAGGCCAUUACAGUUGCUACAACAAGUGUCCCUCCUACUACAACCUUCCUCCACAAUGUACCCUCACCCAAACGUCGGGAGAAUGCUGUCUUCAACCGGUAUGCAACUUCAACCCUAACUACCAGACCACUAGUGGACAGAGCUUGGGGAACAUCAACGGGAUAAGUACGUGCAAUUAUAAAAGUCACGACUACUUCCAAGGUCAGACGUGGCAGGAUGGUUGCCUAUAUGACUGUCAAUGCACCGACGCUGGGGCAGGCAUGUACAGCUGUCAAUCAAGGUGCCCAGUCUACAGGAAUCUGCCACCAGUUUGCCAUCUGCGGCAGCAACCGGGUAAAUGUUGCCAGGAACCCGUAUGUGACUACAACAAACAAUUCGGAACGUUUGACGGCAUGGGAGCCGUCAGCGGCAAAGGAGUCGGUCAGACCCCGACCUCGCCUCCUGCUUGCGUUAACAAAGCGACAAACUGCAACCUAUACCAGGUCAGCAUGUGUACCAGCUCUGGUUACCAUGACUGGGCCAAGGAGAACUGCGCACUCUUCUGCAAUUUCUGCUCGGAGUUCACCCAACCGUUACCAUCAGAGAAGUGUAUCUACAAGGGUGUGGACUACUCUCAGGGCCAAACCUGGUUUGACGGUUGUGAUUUCGAAUGUAUGUGCGAGAAUGCCAAGUAUGGAUUUUACAGAUGUAACAAACGGUGCCCAGACUUUGUCAACCUACCGCUCAACUGCCAUUCUGUGAAAACGCAAGGCUACUGCUGCCCUAAAGUACAGUGUGAUGGCGGACAGGGUUCUUUUGUGGGGUCGUCAACAGUCUCUGGUGUGGUGGGAAGUUAUCCCAUACCCAACCUUCCCUCUGGUAGUGGUACCAGUGGUAGUGGCUCCAGCGGCACUGGCGGUACUGGCGGUACUGGCACCAGUGGUCCCGGUGGCUCUCCUUCAACGGGCACAGGCACAGUUACAGGCGGGGGGCUAGUGUCGCCCGGUCCAGGUGGGUCCACGCAGGCUCCCAGUGCUAACACGGGAGGCGCCGCCAUGAUUCCUUCAAGAGUAGACGGUUGCUAUGUCAAAGGAAAACUUUACCAGCAGGGUCUACGGUGGACGGAUGGUUGUGACUGGACAUGUAUCUGUGAGGAUGGUACUACAGGCCGGUACCGAUGUCAGCCCAAGUGUCCAGACUUUCAAAACCUACCGGUUCAAUGUACGUUGACUGAAGAUCCGAAAGAUCCGUGCUGCAAAAUACCCGUGUGUAGCGCUGGAGCCAAUGGACAACAGGUUCACAUACCCGUCCCUAGUUACAAACCCGGUUACUCAGGUUAUGGAACUGCUGCUCUUCCACAAAACAUAGCUACAGGGGGAUAUGGACCGGGCCCAAGCAAUCCCGGAACCGGAACCGGAACCGGAACCGGAACGGGAACCGGAACCGGAAGUAUUGGAAAACAACCUUCUUCAUUCACUGGCCUUAGUCCCGGUCAUACUGUCGUAGGUACAACUGGAGGUGGAUGUGUUUACAAAGGGGUUGUCCAUCAGCAAGGAGACAGCUGGGAUGACGGAUGUGACUUCCGGUGUCAAUGUUUGGACGCUCAUCAAGGACAGUACAGAUGUAACGAUAGGUGCCCGAGCAUGAUGAAUCUGCCUCCACAGUGUAUAACUAUGACCGACCCAGCAGAUCAUUGCUGUAAGACCUAUCGUUGUGAUUUCUCACAAACUAUAACGACGCCCUCACCUUUUUAUGUAAGAACAACACCACCCACCGGCGGAGACUACUGUGUAUACAAAGGAUCGUAUUACCAUCAGGGCGAGCAGUGGAACGAUGGGUGUAGCUACAAGUGUCGGUGUGAGGAUGCUAGGAACCACUAUCACCAAUGUACCGACAGGUGCGCUAAAUUUGACAAUGUGCCGCUUGGUUGUUCCUUCGUGGGCGACCCUAAGGAUCCAACGUGUUGUCGAGUGCCCCAGUGCUCGGCUACAAUGUCUGGUUCAAUCACAGGAGGUCAAUCGAUGAACCCCACAGGAUUUGUUGGAAGUCUAACUGGGUAUGGAAAACCUCCAGGCACCGGAAAUAACCCCAACAUAUCACAAACUGGAUACGCAAAUGCAUGUAUCUACAAGGGCCAAAUUCAUAAGCAGGGUGAGACCUGGCAGGAUGGUUGUGAUUACGAUUGCGAGUGUACCGACGCUACAACGGGCAUGUACAGGUGUACAGACAGAUGUCCUAGAUUUGGUCAACUGGCCAGUAAUUGUCAUUUGACAUCCGAUCCUAAUGACCGAUGCUGCCAGAAAGCCGCGUGUACACCUGUAGGCCCUGCGCAGUGCAUGGACAAUAAUCCCAACUGUAUAAAUUACGGGAAUUACGCCUGUAAAGAUCCGUACACCGAAUGGGCAAGAGACAACUGCAACAAGUACUGUGGAUUCUGUGGCAGCACAGGAGUGACGACCACCGCCAGCACGGCCUGCGUUGACCAAAUUCCUAACUGUAAGGACUAUGGAUCGUCAGCAUGUGUUGGAGAGUAUAUUGGUUGGGCCAAAUUCAACUGCCCAGUCACCUGCAAUUACUGCAAAACCGGUACCGGAACAGGAGGUACUGUUACCGGAACAGGAACAAUAAAUACAGGAACCAGUGGUACAGUAACAGGAACCAUUGGUGCAGGCAUUUCAGGAACUGGAACUGGUGGCACCGGAAGUGGAAAUUGUCGUGACACCAUCGCAAACUGCGCAGAAUUUACGUCGUUGGCGUGUGUGGAUCCAUACACAAGCUGGGCCCUAUCCCACUGCCCCCAUUUCUGUGGGCUCUGUAAUCAACUUGUAGCUAACGGAACACAAGGCGCUGGCUUAACCGGAGCUGGACAAGGUGGUGUCGCAACCGGAACCCAAGGAGGAGGGUUCAACGGAACUGGUACUGGAACAGGAUCAGGAACACAAGGUGGUAUUGGCGGAACCGGAUUUGCGACAGUUAAUCCAAAUCAAGGAUUUACUGGACAAAGUGGCGGUUGUUACUACAAUGGUCAGUUGUACAACACUGGGCAGACUUGGCAGGACGGAUGUCGUUAUAAGUGCACUUGCACAAACGGUGUUCGAGGACAAUACUACUGUACUCAACUAUGCAUACAAUAUAGUAGUCUCCCCCAAGGCUGUGUACUGCAGAAACCUCCUGGCGAGUGCUGCGCUAAGCCAGUAUGCAGUAGCAAUACCGGAACCGGAAGUGGUUCCGGAGGAUCUAUAACCGGAACUGGAUCACAAGGUUCCAUUAACGGAACUAGCUCUGUUACAGGAUCUGGGUCACAAGGUUCCAUUACCGGAACUGGCUCUGGUACAGGAGGCCAGAUUUCAGGUGCGUCUCGUGGAUGUUACUAUAAAAACGUACUCUAUUCCCAAGGACAGACGUUUGAUGAUGGCUGUACGUACACAUGCACGUGUACUGACGCCAGUCGAGGAUUCUACACCUGCAAAAACAAGUGUAUCAUUUGGAAUCUUCCCUCCGCCUGUCAUCUAACUCCCCCGGCACAGGGCAAGUGCUGCCAAACCCCAAGCUGUCCGGCCGGUUACACCCUUAACUAUCCUCCUGGAUACACGGAGCAAUAAGGACCCGCGCGUAGCGUUCGCUACUUAUUCAUUUGCUGUAUAAAUAUAUAUUAAAAAAAAUAUUUUGUAA